AUGGCUCAAGUUCACUCUGGCAUCAAAGAGAGCUCCUCCACUAAUGACCCGAGUGAAAGUAGCAACACUGAAGCUGAUCUUGUAGCUAGGCUUCCCACAAGGGAAGGAUGGUCGACGCCACUGACGCUCCACAACCAGUGCUGGCUCAGAUCACACAUGUUAGGAAAAUUCAUGGCCGUGAGAGACAACUUCAGGCCCCGCGGCGACGACAUCAUCCUGGCGACGCACCCGAAGAGCGGCACCACCUGGCUCAAGGCCCUCGCCUUCAGCAUCUUCAACCGCUCCCGUUGCAGCCUCGACAACGACAACCACCCUCUGCUCACGACCACCCCACAGAAGGUCGUGCCCUUCAUUGGCGCCGUGGGUGGAGACCUCGACUACCUGGAGACGCUGCCGUCGCCGAGGCUGCUCUCGACCCACCUGCCUCUCUCGCUGCUCCCGCCCGCCGUAUCCACCCUCGGCUGCAGGGUGGUGUACCUCUGCCGGGAGCCCAAGGAUGCCUUCGUCUCGAGGUGGCACUUUGAGAACAAGAUCGGAAAAGGAGGCCCCAUCGGCCUCGAAGAUGCUUUCGACAUGUUUUGCCAGGGCUGCUCCGCUUUCGGCCCUUUCUGGGAGCACUACCUUCAGUACUGGAAAGAGAGCUCGGCGAGGCCACGAGAGGUGUUGUUUCUCAGGUACGAAGAGCUGGUGUCUGAUCCGCUCGAGGUUGUCAGGAAGCUCGCGAGCUUCCUUGGUGUCCCCUUAACUCAGGAGGAGGAGGAUGGUGGAGUUGCCCAGCAGGUUGUGAGCUUCUGCAGCUUCGAUUCACUUCGCAACUUAGACGCUAACAAAGCAGGUGGCGUUGAGCGUGCAGGGGGCAAGGUUUUCAUCCAGUUCUCUUCACUGUUUAGGAAAGGGAAGGUCGGGGACUGGGCCAACCACAUGAGCAAGGAGAUGGCAGAAAAAAUGGAUCGCCUCGUGGAGGACAAGUUCAAAGGAUCCGGUCUAGUGUUCUGA